UCGACUUCGACUGUUCGACUUGCAAUUUUCCUUUUGAAGAGCAACAAAGAGUUUUUUUUACCAAAGGCAACAGAAUGGAGGUAGAUGAAGAAGAGUUCGAGAUGCCCUCAUCGAGCAGCAAGGGUGAGAAAAAACGCUUUGAAGUAAAAAAGUGGAAUGCUGUUGCUUUAUGGGCCUGGGAUAUUGUUGUCGACAAUUGCGCCAUUUGCCGCAACCACAUCAUGGACUUAUGCAUCGAAUGUCAAGCGAACCAAGCGUCUGCCACCAGCGAGGAAUGCACUGUAGCCUGGGGUGUCUGUAAUCAUGCUUUUCAUUUCCAUUGUAUUUCGCGCUGGUUAAAAACCCGCCAGGUCUGUCCAUUGGAUAACAGAGAAUGGGAUUUCCAGAAAUAUGGCCACUAGUGUUUAACGAUACUGUAUCCUCAUAUACAAUCACUUUAGUUCUACUAGAGUUUGAAUAUUUAGGUUUAUUUUUUAAUUUUCGUUUUCUAUUCCAACAUAAUUCAUGGUUAAUACAAACAAAAACACUCAAAUCAUAUGUACGUAUGUAUGUUUGUGUAAAAAGCUUUUUGCAGAAGGAAAUGUAAUUUUGCAAAAAAAAAAACAAGUGAACAAAAAGGCUGACAAGGCAAACUUAA